AAAAUGCCACCGAUUUUGUACCUUCGUGUACCUUAACUGAGUGCCAACUGAGGAGUUCUUCUUUUCCAAAACGACGAAAGGCAAUAAGAGGGAUUCUAUUGCCUAUCUAAGUACGGAUUUUGUAGAAUAUAAAAAAAAUGUCAAGUGAACAUCUCGCUGACAAAAAUGAGGCAAAUGCGGAUAAGACACCUGCAGCAAUUGAUCUCACGGAAGACACUGCAAGUGUACCGGAUAAACGUGUUCAGUGGUCAGAAGGAGAUCCCCUCCCAGAUGAGCCACUUGGAGAUGAUAACGAAGAGGAGACGAAACGUAAGCAAAUUGAGGAUUUGAAGAGGAAACUACAACAUGGCGGUCAAGGAGAACAAGUUCCUGCAGGCAGAGAAGCUGAGCUUGGAAAAAAUGAUGACGACCACUAUCUCGAGCAGUUCUUGAACUUUGAGGGCGCAGAUGGCGAGUUCACCAUUCCAGAGGGUGAGACCGAAGGUCUUCCAUCACUCGCAGCUAGAAAAAGGUUGGCGAACGAUAAGUCGAAAGUUGGCUCUUGGUUGGGUAAAGUACUCAAACCUAAGGCUACCGACGAUGAGAAGAACGACGUAGAGGCAAACAACAGGGACAGCACAUCGGAAAUGUCAUACGAGGAACCUGUCCCACCUCCAGCUACUUCUGGUCCUACUAGUGUCUUGGGUGGUUUGAUGGCACUCAAGGAAGCUGACAACAACUCUGCAAGUUCUACUCCAACAGCGAGUGUUAAAAGUGACAGCGAGCUUGAUGAAAAGAUCCCUGAAGGUCCUCCAAUCUUUAUUGACGAGGAGAAGCAAGCACCAACGCUUACGCCAACUCCAAGUCAACAAACUCCUUCAGAGAGCCCUACACCUGUGAAGACUCCAGGAGGCUCGUUUAAGCCAUCCUCACUAUCUCAUUUCCACAAAUAUAAUCCCGCCAGUCUUGUCCAGAAAGGUGUCAGUAAGGGUAUGUCCGGCGCUAUGUCAGCUGCUUCAACACCAGGUAAAAUGGUAAAAAGCGUAAUUUCAGAGGCUAAAAAAUCUCCGUCCCAGAAGGCAGAACGUAAGAGAGCGCGAAAAGAGAGAAAGAAAAAUGAAAUUUUGCUCAACUUGGCUGCACUGAUCGAACGUCAAGAGUUCCUACUUAAACUUACACGUGCGCUCAUGAUGUUUGGUUCACCAUCUCACCGUCUUGAAGCUGUCAUUCAAAACACCGGUAGAUUUUUAGAAGCACCAGUUCAAUGUAUGUUUACACCAGGUGUGAUGACAAUGUCGUUCUCCGAUUCAAGCACACGCACUUCUGACACCAAGUUCAUCAAACAAGCUUCCGGUUUGGAUCUUGCACGUUUACCUGACACUCACAAACUCUACUCCGAUGUUUUACACGGUAAGGUUAACGUUACUGAUGCAUCUGCGAAGUUGGAUGAAAUUAUGCUUUCUCCACCAACCUACAAUGUUUUCACUACUAUCUGUAUUGGUAUGUUAUGUUCAGCUGCCAUCACUCCAAUGGCUUUCGAUGGUUCCUUCAUUGAUGCCCUCAUGGCUGCUGUUCUUGGUGCUAUUCUUGUUAUCACCCAAAUGGUCGUCGCUAAGAAGGAAUCAUUCAGUAGUAUUUUCGAAAUUCUCAUUGCAGCACUCAACUCUUUCCUUGCUGCUUGUUUGGCGUACAGCAGAUAUUUCUGUUUCAAGGCUGUCGUAUCUGGUUCUAUCGUACUUAUCCUCCCAGGUUUCAUUGUCCUUUGUGGGUCUAUGGAGUUGACCUCACGUAAUAUCACAGCCGGUUCUGUUCGAAUGUUCUACGCUAUCAUCUACGCGUUACUUCUUGGAUUCGGUAUCGGUUUUGGUGCUGAACUUUGGUACCUCUUUACAAACAAAGAUAUUGACACAACAAACGACUGUAGUGCCAUUCAAGGCGUUUCAGGCCAACAUUGGUAUAUGAGACAUGCGCCAGAUGAAUACAACAUUCUUUUGGCACCAUUGUUCGUCAUUGGUCUGAGUUUGCGUAAUCAAACACGUAUCAUGUCGAAGGAAUUCCCUCUUAUGGUCUUGAUCGGUUGCGCUGGUUAUGCUGUCAAUUACUUCUCAACUCACAAUGACAGAUUCGGCGGAAGAGCUGAUCUUGCAUCAGCACUCUCCAGUUUCACUGUUGGUAUCAUCGGUAACAUCAUCGGUAGACUCACAACUAUGUCUGCAUAUGUGUUGAUGGUUCCAGGUAUUCUCUUCGUUCUUCCAUCUGGUUUCGGUCAAUUCGGUCUUCUCAGUUUCGCUGAUGUUGGCAAUGACGAUAGUGCUACUACGGACGCUACACAAGCAAUCGCCCAAAAUAUUACCAGCAUUGCUGGGGGUGAUAGUACGGACGGCAGUGCUACACAAGCAAUCGCCCAAAGCCUUAUGAGUCUUGUUUCGAGUGGUGGUGAUAGUACAAAUGCUAGUGCUACGCAAGCAAUCGCCCAAAACCUUAUCAGUAUUGCGAACGGUCUUACUGUUGGUCUCUUCUUCAGUUCAGCGCUUAUCAAUCCAUCAUCAUCCUCGUCAAGACGUAAGCAAACUGCGAACUUCUCAUUCUAGAAGAUUUUAUUUGAAUUCACAAGAUUUCAUUCAUUCAAAAUUUUCAUUAACUAAAGUUUAGUUCAUAAAAUCUUUAUUCCACAACCUCACUAUACACAUCUAAUUAGAAGGAUUUCGCUUUUCUUUUUUCAUUUCCUUUUUUAUAACACUCUCGUUUAGUCUGUAAAAA